AGCAUUUUAAUGACGGCAUGAUCUCCGUCGAACGAACACGGGCGACGUGUCCCGAAGGUGGUCGAAGAUGAAGGAGAAUUCAAAUGGUUAAUACGUCUCGACCAAUAGGAUAGCGAUGAGUGUCUUUUACUUCUCGGCCGUGCAGCUACGUAAGAAAACCAGGUAGAGCGCUCGUUGACGGGGGUGUUCGUUCUCGUCAGUCAACAGUGAAUGUUGUGGUUACCUCUGCGAAGUUCUGCGUUGUCGCCGCUGAAUUUAUUUUGGAACAAGUUCCUCUACCUGAGUAAUUUACAAUAUUAAAGAAAAUAUUUCUUUUGCGUGUGGACAUUAUGAAGCAAGCAACAAUUGUUAUAUGGCUUUUGCUCCUUCUUGCAUGCAUCUUAGAUGCUAAGGAGGAUGAUUAUUAUAAGUUACUGGGUGUUUCUCGCAAUGCAUCUGAACGAGAAAUUAAGAAGGCCUUUAGAAAACUUGCUGUUAAAUAUCAUCCAGAUAAAAAUAAAGAAAAGGGAGCUGAAGAGAAAUUUCAAGAGUUAGCUCAAGCAUAUGAAGUUUUAUCUGAUCCUGAGAAACGAAAAAAGUAUGAUCAGUUUGGCAAGGCAGCAUUUUCUCAAAAUGGUGGAAGUGGCAGUGGAGGUGCCAACCCAUUUCAUUUUAAUUUUGAUGACUUAUUUCGACAUGCAAAUGAAGAAUUUGGUGGUCAUACUUUUCAUUUUCCUGGCUUUGAUCACGGCCAAUAUAGACAGCAAGGUCACAAUUUCUUCAAUCUUGACGACUUCUAUGAAGAGGAUGAUGGGUUCGCAAAUCAUGGAUAUGAAAUGCCUCAUGGGUUUGGAGAUGGCAGCUCGUUUUUUGGAACUCAUUUUGGCCAUUCACAUGCUCAUGCCCAUGCACAAGCUCAAACUCAUUCUUAUGGAAAUACCCAUGAGCAUCGAUCUCAACAAUCAAGAGGUCGCUCAUGCCACACUGUGACGCAACGUGUAGGAAACAUGGUUACUACCUACACUCAAUGCUCAUAAGGUGAUCGUUUUCUUCUUUUACCACGGAAAAUUUUUUAUUUAUUGAUGAGUGUGUGUGUUUGUGUAUAUGUGUGUGUGCUGAAGAAACAUAGGUGUUUAGUUACCUUAAAUUUUCUUCUAUAAUUCUGUUUUUAAGUUUUUUUUAAAAAUAUUUUGAAUUUCAAUGUUUAUUUAGUUUCCUAGCUGGCUACUAAACCUGAACAAUGAAAAUUAUGUGAAAUGUGAAAUUGUUGAGGUUGAUCUGGGUUGUCAAUUCUGGAUGUCUAAAAGAUGAAUUUUUGUAAAUCUGCUGAUGUUGAAUUUCCGAUUAUAAUUUAAUAUGGUAGCAAUUUCAAUUUAGUUGAUUUUGUAUGCACUCGCCUGCAAAAGUUGUCUUUUACUGAAUAUUGUUUGUAAAAUGGAUUCUUUUUGCGUGAGCUGAAUGGUAAUUUUUCAGUUACUUUUUACCACUGUUGAUCUGCUAUGUUUGACCUUGUAUGGUUAAUUGCUUUCCUGGCUAAUAUUUACUUCUCAGUCUUAAUAAAUAAAUAUCCAUGAUAAGUUAUGUAAAUUUAAAUCAAAAAUUCCACAAAAUUCGACAUGACCUUAAUAUUGGCUUGCAAAAGUUUUUCUCAAAUUUGAAGGAUAUUAUAGUUUGUGUCGAGAAACUAAGCCUCUAGGAAAUUUGGCUCCCUGCUUUGCCCCUUGCCUUGUGGCAUAGCUGUGGAGGGGUGGGGGAUUGCAGGAUGGUGGAUGAUGACAGAUGAGGGUCAAUACGAGCACCAUAAUCUGUCACGGACAAGUUAUAACGUGAAAUGGCACUCACAGAUAUGAGAUUUAACCAAAUGGACUUCUAGGUCAGCAACGUGGCAAGUGCAGUCUAGAUCCAGGUUCAAACCCCAAUUGGGGUGAUUAAAGUUUGAACAGGUUGAUUGAGAUUUAAUUUCAAAUAAUUACAAGUAAUGAUGAUAAUUUUCAUUGUAAAUUUUACAUGUUAAGAAUGUAAUAUUCAAGUGGAAACAAUGACUAUUAGUGCUUAGUGAUUCAUUUUAAGAACAAAUGGAUUUCAGUGUUUGGCCAUAAUGUGGAAAGAAAGGAGCAUUGGCUAGACAUGCUAUGUGGCACUCCCUUGGUAUCAGCUCAAGGCUUACAAUUAUACAAUGCAAUCUAUAGUAUCAAAAAUGUCACCUACUAAGUCAGAAGUAAUUGACAAUUGGUUGUUGAUAAUUAUUUGUAAAAUUUUUGUUACUGUAAUCAAUGAAGAGAAAGCUAGGAAACUAGAAAUCCCUUAUUUUGUGCCACAACUACUGGGUUUGAAAGUGUGUUACAUUGGUACAAGGGAAUAUUUUGUCGCAAGUGUGUAUUACUUGAAUUGAGGAAUCCUGGUGCUAGGCUCUUGCCUUAUCCUUGCAACUAUUUGUAUUUAAAAUAUAUUUCAAGGUUCAGUUAGCUAAAACUGAAGUGUUCAGUCAUUUAAUGAAAGUUUAACUUUUAUGGUACACGGUAAUGCAAAGGUAAAACUUUUUUUGUUUGGAUUUGUAUGAAUGUAUUACACAUGUUAAUGUAUUGUAUAUAUUAAAUACACAAUACCAGUGGCAAUUCUAACAGAUAUUCUCAGGGACAAACUUGAGUAUGCAUUGAAUAAAAUGAAAUUUUAUAUCCCUGGCCAUUGUAGUUAUGAAGAGAGAGAAAAUUUCUCAAUAAGUAAGGAAAACAGAUUUUUAAUUGUAUCUGAGUAAUGGUGUUCAAGGGAAAAUUUGGCAGUGUUAAAACGAUUUUCUCAAAAGAAUAAUUCACUCCUAGAUAACCUUGGUAUCAGUGUUUGCAUUCCAAAAUUGUACCUUAUAUGUGAUUAGUUGUCAUAUUUCAUUGUAGAGAUAUUGAAAAUUGUAAAUUUGAAAUAUUGUAUAUAAUAUUUUCUAAGUACAGAUGUUGGAAAAGUGUAGCAACAUGACCAACAUUUUACACUGGAAUGUAAAUAAGUGUUGAUGUGGAUUUUUAGUGCAAUAAUUUGUUAACAAGUUUGCACUGAAUUUAUGGUUGACAAAUAUUGUUCACUAAGUAUUAUGCAAGUUGAUACAGUUUCAAGUUUAUAGACUGUUUGUAUAUAAUGUAAUGGGAAAAUGUAAAUCAAACUGUGAUAAGUUCUGUUGUAAUUAUGAUGCUCUUCUAUCUGUAAAUUUAUUGUAAAUACAAAUACAAGUAUUAUUGGUUGGCAGUAUGCUUUGAUGUUUUUACAUACUAUUUAUUUGUAAUUAGCAAGCCUUUAAUGCUUGCUCAAUAUUCAAUCUGUGCUCUUCUUAUUUUACUGUUAACCUGAUUUCAGGUUGUUGACCAAACUUAGUAUUUAUUACUAUAGAAUGUGUAAAAUGUUAUGUAUUUUUUGAGUUAAAAAUUUCAUAAAUAAUUUGUAAAUAAUCCCUUCAAUUGGUUAUCUGAAGACUUUCUUUAUCCCAAGUGAGGAAUUCAAUAAUUUGUCAUGUUCCUAAAGAGAUUCCACAAUUUGUAAAUACUGAUUCUUGUGUACUGAUCUUUUAUCUUUUUAGAGCAUGUUUAAACAAUGUUCAAUCCUGUACAUAGUUUGCAUCUAAUUAAAGAUAAGGAAAUUAGUUAAAUAUUUCAAUAUUUAGAUACUUCAGUGCCACUAUAAAAUAUGCUUCAUAUUGUAUUAGAAUAUAUUAUAAGUUUUGUUGUUGUUGUUUUGUCUCUGAUAUACUUGCUAAGUGUAUCAGCUAAUUCUGAACAUUUCUUUGAUAUUCUUUUGAUGAUGUGGCCAAUUUUCCAGUUUAGUUUUUUAUGUGGAAAAUUAAAAUAUGAAAUAGUGAGUUUUUCGUAUGUCAUUUUUCAGUCAAUUUUUGCAAUAAAUUGGUCGGACGCGACCAAAAGGAUUAAAUUCAAAGAAUAUUAAUGUUUAAUUGCUGAUACUUUUAGAAUGCUUUAGAAAAGAAAGUAUUUGCUUUCCACAUUUUGAAAGAUUUUUGAUAUGUAAAGUCCUCUGCAAAACUUUUAAUUCUGAACUGUAAUAGAUUGUUUAUGUGAAUAAAAAAAAUUGAUGCUGGACUUA